AUGGGCAACUUUUGUGGCGCGCCCUGCGCGGACCACGGCCAGGCCAAGACGGCUAAGAUUCACGCCCUGCCUCUCUCUUGCAACGCCAUGUCGCCGGUCCUCUUUGCCCAGGACAUGGGCAUAGGUGUGUUUCAAUUCUGCGACCUCAUGGCGGGCGCGCACUUGAAGCCCGAGUUCUUGGCGAAGAACCCGUUCCACACCAUCCCGACGUAUGAGGGCCUGGAUGGGUACACCCUGGGGGAGUCCAACGCAAUCUUGCGCUACAUGGCCGUGAGGUACGCGCCCCAGUACUAUCCCUUAGGGGACCCGAAGAUGUGCGCGCGCAUCGACUGGGCCAUGGACGCCAUGAGCACCUCGGUGUACCAGAAGUGGCUUCAGCGGACAUAUCCCAUCUUAGGCUUCGGAUCUCAUCCUGCAGACCAGGCGAAGGCGAACGAGGAGCUCAACGAAGUUCUGAGCUGCUUCAAGCAGGCCUUCAUCGGUGAGGGGAAGUACAUCUGUGGUCACACCCUCACCAUCGCGGACUACAAGGCGAUGCCCUAUCUCCACUGCGCCAUGCAGCCCACGAUCAAGCAGAAGUCUGGCAUUCAAAUCGACUCAUGGUUCGAAAGUUAUGUGAAAGACUGCAUGGCUGCCAUGCCAUCCUCGGCCAUGCUUAAGACGGCCGACGGCUAUGGCAUGGAGGAGUUCCUGGCCACGAAGACGGACCUGCCCAACUACCCUGGCUCCAUAGUCACCUGCGGCACAGGACCGACGUGCAACGCCAUUAAGACAGGUGCAGCCAAGGCUGACGAGAAGGCAGCAAAGAUCCAUGGCUUGCCGUUGUCUCCGAACUGCGCCGGGGCGCUGAUGUUAGCGCAGGAGACGGGCGUCGGCGCGAUGCAACUCUGCAACCUCAUGGAAGGUGCCCACAAAACCCCUGCCUACCUCGAGAAGAAUCCGUUCCAUCAGGUGCCAACAUACGAAGGCUCCGAUGGGUUCUGCCUUGGAGAGGGCAAUGCUAUCCUGCGCUACAUCGCCUCGAACUACGCACUGCAGUACUACCCCGGUGAUGCCGAGAACCGUGGCAAGAUCGACAUGGCGAUGGACCUCUUCAGCACCGGCAUCUAUCAGAAGCUGGCGGUCAGCAUCUGCUACCCAGUCUUCGGUUUUGGUUCUCCUCCAGCUGACCAGGACAAGGCCAACAAGAGCGCCAGCGAGGCCCUAGAGGCGCUAGAGAAGACCUUCUUCAAGAAGGGUAAGUUCCUGGUUGGGCAACAGCCCACCAUUGCGGAUUUCAAGGCCCUUCCUUACCUCUUUGCCGCCAACCAGCCGGCGGUCAAAAGGAAGACAGGCUUCACUUUGCCACCACGUUUCAUCACAUACGUCAACGACUGCCUGGAGGCAUUCGGUAAGAGCAGCAGCUUGCUGACGUCGGCUGGCGGGCUCAGUAUCAAAGAGCACUUGGCCAAGAAGGAGUGA